AUGACCAAACCAGCAAUCCUGCGCCAACUCUUUGUCCGAAUCGGCCUGACUCAAGCCGUUGCCGACACUAUUGUGGACAAUCACAAUAUCAACAGUACCGCAACUCUGACCAAGAUCAAGCCUGACACUGUCAGCAAACUUGUCAAGACCCUUCGACACCCAGGAGGCGGUGGGAAUGGCCACGCGAUCCCGUUCCAAGUGCAGCAAGACAUCACUGAUGUCGCAUGGCUCCUAAAACACCGUGACCGCACCUCUUGCGAUCCAGCUAUUCCGACCAUUGGCCUCCCUGUCCUAACUGACGAACUUGAGAUCUACAGAGAUCAUGAAGCGCAAUGGACCGAACCAAGCUCCCUUGAUAUCGAAAUCACCCGCAAGGACUGGAACAAAACGUUCCGUACCAUUGAAGAAUCCCUUACAAACUUCAAAGGAGUCCACGGUUGCCCUUUGAGCUAUACUAUUUGUGUCGCGACUGCCAUCCCAGCUGAUCCGUGA